CUUCACUACUUCCGGGUUAGUCGUCAGCUGAUGAAAUCUGCUACGUGUAAAGUUGCUUAUUUCGGAAAUGGAAUUCGAUCUUUUCACUGUGUUUUGUGAGCUUGCUUUGCUUGCUGUAAUCCUCAUAAUUGUGGGAAUUUUAAUAGUGUACAUCACCACUCCAGAGGCCAACAUGAAGCGCUUUGAGAGCGAGAAAACAUUUAUUGACCCUGAGAAUAAAGGUCAAAGGUUACCAUUCCCAAGUCUCUAUGACCCACCAACUCUAGCACUCUCCGUUAUUGUACCUUCAUACUUUGAAGAAAAACGAUUACCCAAAAUGAUGGAUGAAGCUUUAGAGUUCUUGAUUCCACGACUGAAGCAAGAUAAAUCCCAGACUUUUGAGAUCAUUGUAGUAGACGAUGGAAGCAAAGAUGGCACAACAGAGGUUGCUUUAGAAUAUUCCAAGAAAUUUGGCACAAACAUGAUCAGAGUUCUAACAUUUGAAAAGAAUCGAGGAAAAGGAGGAGCAGUACGACUGGGCAUGCUCAGUGCUAGGGGUCGUGACCUCUUGUUUGCUGAUGCAGAUGGUGCUACAAAAUUUGCUGAUCUUUUUCAGUUAGAAAAGAGUAUGGUGGAGCUUAGAAAAAAGGGAGAUAAAGCUAUAGUUUGUGGAUCAAGAGCACAUCUUCAGGAUGAAGCAACAGCAUCGCGUUCUUUCUUUAGAACGAUCCUCAUGCAUGGAUUCCAUUUCUUGGUCUGGUUCCUGUGCGUUCGAGGGGUCAGUGACACUCAAUGUGGAUUCAAACUAUUAACAAGAGAAUCAGCUAGAAUAAUCUUUCCUAAUAUGCAUGUAGACAGAUGGGCAUUUGACGUAGAGCUCUUAUACAUUGCGCAAUGCCUUGAUAUGACAUUAUCAGAGGUUGCAGUUAACUGGGAAGAAAUAGAAGGUACCAAGAUGGUUCCAUUUUUCAGCUGGGCCCAAAUGGGACGAGACCUGAUCCUCAUUCGACUACGCUACCUCUGUGGGUUCUGGAAGAUAAACCCCAAACCAAAAGCUGACUAGUGAAAUCUUCUGUGUUUAGACCUAAAUAUUUAGCCCUAAUGCACUUUCACUCAAUACCCUGCAUGUUAUAUUCAAGAUUCUCUGUAUUGCCAUGUGUUGGGUAUGCAGAACAAGAAAUCUUUGCCAAUACAUCAGAUUGUUGAUACUUGUUGAUAUACCGAAGAAGAUAUUUUUGUAGAACAUUAGAGCACUUUAUCAGGGUUCUCACAAUUUUACAGUUGGUAUCCAUGGUAACACACUGUAUUUAAAUAAUUAAUUCUUAUUGUCCAGUUAUAACUAACAUUUGAUUCAUUAUUGGAGGUUCGGAAUCCAACUCCUAUUUGAUGAAUUAUCUGUCCGCAGAAGUUUGACAACACAUAAUUUCCAUAGCUAAACACUAAAAGCCACAAUACAUUUAGUAAGAGCAGUGAAUGAGCAGUGAAUGCAUAGACAAUAUCUACAAAGAAAGAACGAAUGAUCCCAUCUGCUUUUUGUGUAAUGUUAAUGAUAAAUUUUGGCAUUUUUAUGCAGUUCUUUUUGCUGAGAGGAACAGAGCAGUAUCAAUCAUUGUGGAUGCAGUCAUCAGAUUAAAUUAUGUGAAGAGAUGUAUUUGGAUCAAAUGAAAUAUAUUUGUAUGGUUUUUAUCACUUUAGUUAAUACUAAUUCUGCAAAUGUAUCAAGAAGGAUAUAUCAUGAAGUAUAUUGAUUUUGUCAGAAGUUUUAUGAAACGAUUCAUUAUUAUUGUCACUCAUUUAAAUGAGUGUCCAAAGAGAUGUCUAUCAGAAGAAGAAGCCAAGAGUAAACUUUGAAAUAAGAUAUUUACAUAAUGCAUAGUUGAAGUGCAUAAAGAAGAUAAACCAAAGAGAAUUCUUUGUGUGAAAUUUAUUUUUAUUUCAUUCAUAAAGAUGAGGGUGUGUCAAAAGUAUUAGUUUAAGAGGAGCAAAUGGAAUAAAUGAGUUUAAAAGCAAAUUUGUAAUUAUACUUUUUGAAAUGCUACUAAAGGAUGGUACAUGUCAUUGGAUUUUAUGAUAUCUGAUAUCUGAGACAUACCUUGUAUAAUGCGUUAUAGGAAUAUAAUUUAUUAGUAUUAUUAUUAUUAUGGUUUAAUAUAUGUUCCUCUUGAAAGUGCUUGAUCCAUAGAAUACAGAGUAGUUAUCUCAUGAUGAAAUCUUAUUUGCUUGUUGAAAAUGAAUCAAUUUUUUGAAGAAUGGUUUCGUUGAAAGCUGACAUUUUCAAAGAACCUGUACAAGCAACAAUGUUGCAUCCAAGAUAAAGACUGUUGGAAUGUUGUCUGAAUGAAACAAAGUGAAAGUUACCCACCUAAACCUUGGAGAUGGUAAAUUUAUACUAUUAGUUUAUACUUUUUGACACCAUUGAUUUUGUUGUAUUACAUGUACAGGUAUUAGGUACAUACCAAUCAUGUUUUACGUUGCUUUCGGUAAGUUUUUGUGAAGCUGCUGUAACCGUCCAUUAAAAUAAUGUUAAACUAGAACCUGGUGGCUUUGAAUGUCCACUUUUUUCUUUUUUUCUAGCUAUGUGUGUGCUGGAAAUCAUGAUAAUUCACGACUGAGCUGCAUGUAUCAAUUUUCAAAAUGGACACAUUGGCAUACACUAAGCUAAUUCGUAUUAGAAGUAUGUGAGAUAAGUCUCCACUUAAUUAUUUUUGUCACCAUUAGAUUAUAUCUAAGUUGAUAGGUGUUAUAAUUACAAUAUCCCUAUUCCAGUUCAAGAAAUCUAGGAAGGUACAAAGGCUGAAGACCAAUUUGUCAGCUGCCUGCAUAAAGGCUGUAGCUGCCAUUGAGAAUACCUCAGUAGCGCAUACUGCCUUCCUGCUGGCAGGUGACAAAUAAUUUUCAGUACAUCCUCUUAAAAGUGUCUUUUAUUUCAUCAUUUUGACCCUCUAUUUCUUGUAAGGUGUGAAAUCAAAUAAAGCAUAUCUUUCUCCUUAAUCUUUAAUUAUAUGUUUAUAAAUGUUUUGUAUGUACAUUUGCAUUCCAAAUAAAGGGGAUGUAACAAAAAAAAUAAAUUCCUACACAUUUGGGCCAGUAUUUCUACCAACCAUGAACGUUAGCUGAUCUUUGCAUGGAUGCAUGGAUAGUAGCAACAUUUUUGAAGGACAAAUCUCUCUUGACUGUUUUGACUCUGAUGGAUAUAUUGAGGCAAAAUUCACCCACUCUUCAUUAAUAUCAGCCAUUGCUUUACUUGCCCAAUGUCAGCAAGUAAACCAUCCAAAAUGCUUACCCAGUUGAUAAAUCAUAAUGCUUGUCUUUGGUCUUAAUUGGAUCAAAUGCUUGCAAUGCUCUUUGUAGGAUUGUGAUAUGAAAUGAAAUUAGCAGUCCUUGCUGAAUUGUAAAGUUUCCCCAUCACUGAUUUUUACCUUAAGCAUUAAAUCACUAUAUGAUGAAUGGAAAUUCAAAAGAUUUAAAUUUAUUUUCUUUAUAUGAGCAAUACUUUGCAGAGUAAGAUGUUACUGGAAAGUUUGAUAUAAUAAUUUGAAUUGAGAAGUAGCCCACUUAUGUUCAAUAUAAAGUUUACUUAUGUUCUUACUAGCAAUACUGUAGAUUUCAUUAAUAAGAUGUUGCUAGUGUGUCAAGAGAUCAUGUAUAAAAUUUAUUUUUGACUAAUGACUUCAGAUGAAACGUGUGUAUAUUAAUGUACAAUUUAAGAGGAAUAAAGUUAUUAAUAUCAGA